UCGUCCACCCCUAAUGAGUGGACUAUGCCGAGCAGGUUGAGCCAAUGGCGUAUUUGUUAUGGUACCAACCCACCAAACAGUCCUGGGAUGUACUUUUGACAAUCAGCAGCAUGACAUUAGUAACCCAGCAGCACAUCCACUCUCUUCAACGUCGCUUCUUUCCACGCUUUUGACGACUGUCAUGGAGUUGAACAAUCUCUCCGUGGUGCUACAUUCUAAGGGAGACCUCAGACUGGAAACGCGACCUGUCCCCAAGCCAGGGCCAAAUGAGGUUUUGCUUCAGAUGCACUCUGUUGGCAUCUGCGGCUCAGAUGUCCACUACUGGCAGCACGGCAGCAUCGGAGACGUUGUGCUCACAAAGCCGAUGGUGUUGGGACACGAGGCAGCGGGUCAGGUGAUAAAAGUCGGCUCGGCGGUCAAACACCUUCAAGUGGGCGACCGAGUUGCCAUCGAGCCAGGUGUGCCCCGAGAGAUAGAUGAGUUUUUCAAAAACGGACGCUACAAUUUGUCUCCCACCAUCUUUUUCUGUGCCACCCCGCCCGAUGAUGGCAACCUGUGCAGAUACUACACACACAAUGCCAACUUCUGCUACAAGUUGCCUGAUAAUGUGACAUUUGAGGAGGGUGCUUUGAUCGAACCGCUGUCUGUGGGCAUCCACGCAUGUCGCAGGGCCGGCAUGACCCUCGGCAGCACCGUACUCAUCUGUGGCGCAGGACCAAUUGGCUUAGUCUGUCUGCUUGUGGCCAAAGCAAUGGGAGCUGCACAGGUUGUCAUUACAGGCAGAGAUCUGUUCCCCGAGCGUCUGGCCAUGGCCAAGGAGUUGGGUGCCGACUUCCAGUUGGGGGUGAAGAGAGGGGAUGGACCUCAGCAGUUGGCCAAGAGCGUCGAGGACAUGCUGGGAGCUCAGCCGCACAUCACCAUUGAAUGUAGUGGUGUUGAGAGCAGUAUUCAAACUGCCAUCUAUGCGACACGCUCAGGAGGCGUGGUGGUGCUGGUAGGCCUUGGAUCCGAAAUGACUAAUGUUCCCCUUGUCAACGCGGCCACCAGAGAAGUUGAUAUCAGAGGCGUCUUCCGCUACUGCAACACCUGGCCUAUGGCAAUCGCCAUGUUGGCGUCAGGAAAGGUGAACGUGAAGCCUCUGGUCACUCACCGCUUCCCCCUGGAGCAGGCGGCCCAGGCUUUUGAGACCACACGUCAGAGCCUGGGGAUAAAGGUCAUGUUGAAGUGCGACCAGAAUGACCAGAACCCUUAAAGUAACCAACACACUAAAGUGAAACUGUGGGGGACAGUUGAGUCACAUUUUGUUUUUAUCCUUAAUUGAAGAAAAAACACAACUUUUGGUUUACUGAAAUACCCGUAAGAGUUAAUUUUGGGAUUUUAUGUGACCAAUAAUUACCUUGAAUGUCAUUUUACAUCAUGAAAAAAA